AUGUUUAAUAUAUAUUUGAUUUUGUACAUACUCCUUCAUUUAGGGUAUUCUGGUACUAUCAAAGCUAAUACUUUUUUUAAGGCAUUCCAAAUAAACAGCGUAAUUGAAGUAACAACUCUUAAAUUGAACACAGAAUAUUAAAUCAAAUUUGAUUUUGAUUUUGCAUCUAGUCAUGAUCCAAGCACUGAUUAUUUUAAAAUAGAAGUAUAGGGAUUUAAAUCAAUGAAAUAUGGAUCUUCUUCAGAAUAAUUUACAAAUCCUUCUGCAAAUGGAUUGUAGUACCUUCAAUUUAAUGUCGAUACAAAUUAUUUAGUUACCCCAUUUAUAAUAUUUUAAGCUACUACUGGUGCAUCAAUUGUGGAACAUACUUGUAAAGCAUACAGUUUUGUAGGCUCUACAGAUGACAUAAUUGACUUGAGUGAUAUAAAAACCUUUACAAUAAUAGGUGGAAAAAUAACGAUUGAUUCAAUUAGUCUAUCAAAUAGGAUUUUCAAUUAGAAAUAGUUUUAUAUCUUCAAACUUAUUUUUGAAAAUUCAUUAUCAGAAGGUAAAACCUAAUCCUUAACUUUUACAAAACCUUCAAGUUUAAAAGCUGACCCUAUUAUUGAAUGUUCAGGAAAUCCAUCAAUUAGUAUUAAAUGUUCUUAUGAUGAAUCAAAAGAAUUAAUAACAAUAAUUAAAUUAGAUACGACAAAAAUAUAAACAAUAUCUCUAAAAUUAACAAACCCUUUGGAUCCAAUUAAAAGUGUUGUUUUCGAUAAUUUUAAAACAUAAAUUGAUAAUGUUUAAGUUGACUCAAAUGUUAAUUCCUUAACAGUAACUGGGUUCAAUGAUGGAAUACUUACAGAUUUAAUAGUUGAUAGUGGAUCUUAUAAGGUUGGUUAAAGUGGUGUAUUUAUAAAAUAUACAUUUACUAAUUUAAAUGAGAUAUUCACUGAUUCUAAUAUUGAAUUAACAUUACCUAAUGAUAUUGAAUGGGAUACAUCAUCUAAAUCUUGUUCUUUAAAUUUUGCAAGUGUAACAGAAUGUAAAUAUGAAUAAAGUAUAAUUUCUAAUAAAAUAAUUACAGUAACUAUAACUACAUCUACAUCAAUACCUAGUGGAACAUCAUUAAUUUUAAUAAUUAACUCAAUAAAAACUCCAUAUACAUUCAAACCUGUAACUGGAUUCUCAUUUAAAAUAAUUAAAGAUUCUAUAGAAUAUGAUAAGAUGAUAGAUUUUGGAAGUUUAACAAUGACACAAUAAAGUGGAAUUACUUUAACAACUUUUAGUAGAUCAGUAGAUGAGAAUGGUGCUCAAUCAACAUAUACUUUUGAAACAAAAUUUGAUACUUUUUAGCCUAAAGGGACUAGAAUAACUUUUACUCUAUUAGGAUAUUUAUUAAAUAAGGUGGAUAAAGUUGAAUUUUCUAAUUUAAUUCCUUAUACUUCUACAAAUUUAUAAGUUAUUUAAUCAGCAUAUACGAUAACAAUAGAAUUUACAGAAGAUAUAAAUAGUAAUUAAAAUUAUGUUACAAAAAUAUUUAAUAUAGUAAAUUCAGAUAUUAUAGGUACAAUUACAGCAGAAACUAUUAAAGACAUUUUUAAGAUUUCAAAUACAAAUUAAGGCAGUAGUGUUACAAUUCCAAGUGCUAUUCCAAAUGAGAUUACUAUUUCAUCUAUGGAUUAUGAGAAAAAAUAAUUAGGAGUUGUAGAUACAUAUAAAUUUAGCAUUAUAUUAUUUAAUUAACCACCUGCUGGAUCUACAAUUGUUGUAACUAUGCCAGAAAAAUUCUCUGCUGAAAAAACAGAUUGUUUAACAGCAGUUGAUAAUGUUUCAGGAUUUUCAGUUGAUUCAUGUUUAGUUAAUAAUUAGGAAAUUAAAAUAAAAGUAAAAAAUGAUGUUUCUUAAAAAAAUAUAUAAUUUAGAUUAAAUAGUUUAAUUAGGAAUCCAAAAAGUGAUUCUACUAAUUAUUAUUUUAAAAUAAGAACACAAAGAGAUACAAGUAUAAUAGAUUAAUCAAAAAUUUCAGAUUCAUUAUUAUAAUUUAAAUUAAAUUGUAUUCCUACUCCUUCAUUAUUUUGUAAAGAAUGUGAUAAUUUAAGUAAUUGUUUAUCUUGUUAUACUGAUAUAUCAAUAACAACUAAUAUUUAUUUAUUAAAUAGUAAAUGUAUAAGUGCUUGUGGAUAAAAGUAUUAUAGUGAUUCUACUAAUAAUUGUAAAAGUUGUCCAGAUACUUGUUUAGAAUGUACUAGUAAUAUAUUAUGUCAAAGUUGUAUUGAUGAUACAAUUUAUGAAAUUAAGAAUGGAAAAUGUGUUAAGAAAUGUACUGAGAAAUAAUUUGAUUUCAAUGGUAUAUGUACAAAUUGUAAUGAGAAUUGCAAUACUUGUAUUGAUUAAAGUACUAAAUGUACAUCAUGUGGAGUUACCAAUAAUUUACUUUAUUAAAAUAAAUGUGUUUCUUAAUGUCCAACAGGAAUAUUUUAAAUUGGAUUUUCUUGUAUUGCAUGUACAUCACCUUGUAAAACAUGUGAUACUGGUCCAAAUGUAUGCCUUACUUGUGUUACUAAUUAUUAUUAUAAAAAGACAUCAUUAAGUUGUGUAAGUGAUUGUGGUAAUAGAUAUUACAAAGAUGGAAUUGAAUGUACUUAAUGUUCUGAUCCAUGCAAUAAUUGUUCUAGUAGUACUAUCUGUAUUGAUUGUUUGACAGGAUAUUACUUUUUCAAUAAUAGUUGUAUUUCAUCAAUACCAAAUGGUUAUUAUUUAUCAGGCACUUUUUUAAGUAAAUGUUCAGAUAUAUGUGGAAAUUGCAUUUCAGAAACUGAAUGUACUUCAUGUCCAACAAAUAAAUAUUUGUUAUCAAAAUAAUGUAUAGAUAAAUGUCCUGAUAAAUAUUAUUCAUAAAAUUUUGUAUGUUAUCCUUGUGACACAACUUGUUUAUAAUGUUCAUCAAAUAUAGUAUGUACUUAAUGUCCAGAUAAUUAAUAACAUUUAACAGGUAAAUGUUAUUAAAAUUGUCCUAAUAAAUAUUACUCUUAAGAUUAAUAGUGUUUAUAAUGUUAAUCAUCUUGUGCUACUUGUAUUGAUGGUCUAGAAUGUAAAACAUGUCCAAUUAGUUCACCAUAUAUGUCUAAUAACUUAUGUGUUUCAACUUGCUUAAUUAAUUAUUAUAUAAAAGAAUUUGUAUGUAUCAAAUGUAAAAAUGAAUGUACUACUUGUGAUGAAAAAGGAUGUCUAACUUGCAUUGAGAAUUACAAAUAUCUAGAUUAGACUUGUGUAACUUCAUGUCCUAGUGGAUAUUAAGAUGUAAAUUAUAAUAUUUAUUAUAAAUCAGUUGAAUAAUAUAGGAAAAUGUGAAAAAGUGACUGUUUCAGAAGAACAAUUAAUAUCUAAUUUGUAAGAGAAUAAAUAUAUACCUGUACCAUUUACAAUAGUCUCUUUAAUUAUGAUCUUGAGUGUUGUAGUUGCUAAGAUGUAAAAAUCUGAGGUAAAAUAUUAUAAAAUAUAUAGACAUUUAUUCCAGGAUCAGCAGUUGGUUUAUUGGGUUUAAUAAUUAUUGGAUCAUGGGCAGUAUUAAUUAUUUUAUAAUUGGAUUACAUUUUUGAAAAAAUAGAAGUAUAUCUAUUAUUGAGUGCAAUUGGAGUUCAUAUCAUAUUGAAUCUAAUUAAUCUAUGUAUUAUUAAACAUAGUACUAAAGGUGAUAUUGCUUUUAAUUAAUGGUAUACAGCAAGGAAAUCUAAUUCAUGUGCUUAUAUCUUUUUAAAUGUAUUGUCAAUUCUGAGUUUCUCUAUGACAAGAUUUUAUUUUUCUAGAUAUUUUGGAUUUAGAUUCUUAAAAUGCAAAUUAUCAGAUGUUGAAAAUAUGGUUGGUAUGAAUAUUAUUAAUGGACUUUGUGCAUUUGUAACAUUAUUAUAUAUAUUCAUUUUAGUUUUGUUGUAUUCCAGCUUUAGUAGCUAGUGUACUUCUUGCUUAUAGAGAUUAAAUAAGAGAGUAAUUAUUUAUUAGUAGUAUUGAUUCUUUUAUUGUAACUAUUAUUUUUGCUAUUUGUUUGAUAUGUGAAACUCAAAAAGAAGAAGACUUUUUUGAAGAAAAAAAUUAUGCAUCUGCAACACAUUCACUUUAAGUAAUUCCUGAUUUUUUUUAAAGUCAAAGAUCAAAGAAAAGAUUCUCUUUUGAAGAUUCAAUAAAUGAUUAAAAGCUUAAUCAAAAAAAUGAAUAAUAUUAGGAACCAUCUAUCCCUAAAAUUGACGAAUCUAUUGAAUAUAAGGAUUCUAGUUCUUAUAAAUAGCCUUAUCAAUAAAUAGUACAAAAGAAUUCAAAAAUGAUAUUUAAAUAAGAAAUUUAGAAUCCAAAAAAAGAAAUUUUUAAUAGAUCUCAAGAAGAGAUGAUUAUAUAAAUACAUAGUAAUGAUGUUUCUGAACCUUUAUCAAUAGGAGAAUCAUAAAGAGAAAUUUAAGAUAUGAAAUAGAAAUAAAUAUAUGAAUAAUAAUAAUAAUAAUAAUAAUAAUAAUAAUUAUAAUAAUAGAAAAUAUUAGAAGAAUAAUUAAAAAUAGAACUUGAAAAAGCAUAAUAAUUAUAAAGAUAAUUAGAAGAAUAGAAUUAAAUUUAGGAAUAAAAGAGAAUUGAAGAAUAAUUAAGAUAAGAAGAAUUAAAGAAAUUAGAAUUAGAAAAAUUGGAAGAACUUAAAAAAAUAGAAGAAGAAAUCAAAUAAUAAGAAUUAGAAAGAAUUAGAAGAGAAAAAUAAUUAGAAGAAUAAUAAAAAUAAUAUGAAUUAUUAAUUUUGAAAUAGUAAGAAGCUUAAAGAUUAGAAAAAUUAAAAGAAGAAGAAAGGAGAAUAGCUGAUUUAAAGAAAAUUGAAGAAUAAUAAUAGGAUGAGUAACUGAGAUAAGAAGAAGAAAAUAGAAGAAUUUAAGAAGAAUAGAAAAAAAUAUAAGAUGAAUUAGAAUUAAAAAAAAAAGAAGAUGAAAUUAAAUAAUUAUUAGAAGAAUAAAGAUUAUAAGAACUUAAAGAAUAGGAAAUACUUUAAUCUAAAUUAAAUAAUGUAAUUUUAGUAGAUUAAGAUGAUGAUGAUGUUGGAUGGAAUAUAGAAGAUGAAGAAAAUCAUGAAUAUGGUAAUGAUUAAAAAUAUUAAAAAUAAUUACAAAAAGAAAUUAUUUAAGAUGAAAACAAUGAUGUUGAAGAUGAUUGGGAUGUUCCAACUUCUGGAUUUGUAAGUAUACAACCAAUAUCUUAAUUAAAAAAAGAAAAAUAAAUUGAAGAACCUUAAAACCCUUUUAAAGGGGAUAUUUAAAAAAAUCCAGCUUAAUCAGAUUCAUUUAAAUAAUCAAGAGAUGAUUUAGAUGAUGAUGAAGAUUGGGCUCUUAAUUAAUUAUCUCCAUCUGAAUUCAAUAAUCUUAAUUAAAGAUACAAUAAUGAAGAUAAUCAACAUUCAGUCACUUAAGUUGAAAGAUCUUAAAUGUUCUCAACAACUGAUAAAAAUUUUACAUCUCUUGCCAAAAGACCAACAUAACCUGAACCUUAUACAAUUAGUGAUAAUGAAUCAAUCAAUUAAUAUGAAUAGUUUUCAAUAAAUAAAUAUAAUCAAGUACCUAAAACAUAAAAUUAGAAAUUAAAUAAAAGGAUGUAGUUAUAAAGAUAAAAGAUUAAAAAAAGAGGUAAAAAUAAUAUUUCAAUUAAUGACAUUCAAUUUUGA